AUCUUGUCAGUUCACAAACUUUAUAAAUUUACACUUUACCCCAACAAAAUGACAAAUAUCAAAUUCACACCCCCAAAACCCUAAAAACACCUUAAAAUUCUUCAAUAGUACAAAAACCCUAAUUCCCCUUUCCUUUUUGUUUUCAAAAUCCCCUUUUUGGACAGUCAAAUCCAACCCAACCCUACCCCCCACGCACCCCCACCCCCACUCCCUUUUUCCAUAAAGUUUUGAUUUUUGGGUUUUCUUGAACUCUCUGUUUUUUUGAGUAAAAUUUUCUUUUUGGCUAUUUUUGUUAAAAAAAAAAAUGGAGGUGAGUAAUUUGAGGUGUGACGUAGCUGUUUUUGGAAGAAUGGUGAUGGGGUCUGUUGUUGAAGUUGUAGUUACUGAGACCCUUUUGGCUGUUCAGAGAUCUGUUGCUUCUUUGCUCAUUGUGGCUGGAAUCAUGCUCAAGGAUGCUGAUGCCUUGCAAGAGUUGAUAGGCACCGAUAAGAGGUUUCCAUUCGACGAGCUCCAUAAGAAGAACAAAGCAGCAGAACCUGAGAACAAAGACGGCAGCGACACAGAGGACGAUGAUGAAGAUGAUGGAGAUGCUGAUGAGCCGGAAGACGAUGAUGCUGACGAUGAAGACUUCUCAGGUGAAGAAGGAGGAGACGAUGACGAUGGAGAAGAUCCCGAAGAGAAUCCUGCAGCUAAUGGCAAUGAAGGCAGUGAUGACGAAGACGAUGAAGAUGAUGAAGACGAUGAGGAUGGGGAUGAUGACGAUGGCGAGGAAGACGAAGACGAUGAAGAGGAGGAGGAAGAGGAGGAUCAACCACCGGCCAAGAAGAGAAAAUAAACCAUGUUUAUUCUGGUUUUUAUUCCAUGCUUGUUGGAGCUAUGUACUAGUAGUAGGAAGAUUGGGGAGUUUUUAGCUUUUUUAUGUAGGAAUUAAUCAUCCUUUUGCAAAACAAUUGAACUACUUUUGUCAUGCUAUUUGACUCUUUAGUUAUGAUAUAUAUUCCAUUUGAAUCCUAUGGAUAGUUUGACUUUGAGUUUCA